UCUUCAAUAUCUCUCCUGAUACAGACAGAGCUCCGUAUUUUGAUUACCAGUUCGAUGGCUGAACAGCAGGAGACGUCAACACCUGCUCCUCAACAAUCUGCUUCUACUCAAAAAAGCCCCCAUGAUUUUCUUAAAGAAUCACCGGUAUUCCUCUUAAGUAUCAAUUUUUUAUUUCUAUUUUUUUGGGUUAAGAUUUAGCUGUUGUGUUUUAUCUUGGGAUUUGUUGAUUGCUAUUUAUCGAUUACUGUUUGCAAUUUAGUUGAUUUUGCAGUGGCUUGCAGGUUUAUGAAAAUUUGUAGUUUUUAGGGUUCGUGCAGGCGUGUCGCAUUUUUUCUCGUUUGAUAAGUUUGGCAAUGUUUUUGAUAAUGAUUAUUGAUUGACGAGUCUCCUAUUUAUUUCUUUCAUUUUUUCUUUUCUUUUCAGCUUUGUUUGAAAAUGGGUUCUGUACAUUGGGGCGGCAAGUGAUGCAGUUUGAUUAUAUGCUUACUUUGGAACUAUUUUGAUGAUAUAUAAAAAAAUUGACAGCAAAAAGGUAUUAGGGGUAGUGAGCUUGGUUUGUGUUUUGGUUUUCUUAAAUAAAUAAAUAUUUUAUUUAACCUUGAAUUACUGGGAGUUAUGGUUUUGCUUUUUUCCUAAUUGCAAUAUAAUGAUACUAUCAUGGGUUUUGCUGACAAAAGUUUGAAAUUUGAUUAGUAAAAAGGCUAAAGGCGUGGAGUGUUUUUUUUUUUUCACCUUUUUCUAGCGCAAGGGAAUCUAGUGCUUUGCAUACAUUUGAAGCUGACUUCACCCCAAGCAUCUGUAAAAUGCUGAGUUUUUCCUAUUAUGGAGAGUCGAACUAGGGUUACAGAGAUUGCUCGUGAUGUGUCUGAGUGUCUCCAUGUUAUCACAUUUAGUGCCUUGGUUUUUGAUUCAGGGGGUUACAGAGAUUGCUCUAUGGAUACAAUUAGCAAUUUCUCAUUUUAGAGGUUCCUACAUUUUCUGGUUUCCCAGCAUUUCCGCAUGGUGAUUUUCAGAUGGUUCCAAUUAUGUACCCUGCACUAGUUCCAGGGUUAAAUCCUCUGCAGAAUCAGGAACAGUUGAACCAUGGGGCUGGCAUUUAUGCUGUACCUGUUCUACCAUAUAUGGGGCCAACUGCUGGACUUUCCUCAAAUACGCUUAUUCCACUUACCUACAACAUACCUACCAGAUCAAGUCCUGAAGCUGGGUCAGGAGAGGCUGGCCAAGGACAACAGCAACAACAACAACAGCAACAAGCUGCACCUCAGAGACAGGUUGUCGUAAGGAGAUUUCGAAUUGCAUUCCAGCUCGAUUUGUUGCUUAUACUCAAGCUGGCGGCUGUUAUCUUCUUAUUUAACCAAGAUGGGUCAAGACAAAGGCUUAUUGUUCUUGUGCUUUUUGCUUUACUUGUCUAUUUAUACCAAACUGGAGCUCUGACACCAUUAAUACGAUGGCUUUCACAAAGCAUGCAAAGGGCAGCUGCUCCUCCACCCCAUCAGAGGCCUGCUGUAAGGGCUGAGAAUGCUCCUGCUGCCGGAAGGGUGGUGAAUGAAAAUGCUCCUUUGGCAGAGGGGCAAGCUGGCGCUGAGAAUGAUCAUCGACCUAUUGGGGAUGGUAAUCAGGCAGUUGAGAAUGGGAAUGAGGAUGUGGCAGAACCUGGCGUGGUCAACGGAGGCCACCGCUGGUGGGGAAUUGUGAAAGAGAUCCAGAUGAUCGUCUUCGGUUUCAUCACGUCCCUUCUCCCUGGCUUUCAUAACAUAGAUUAGCACAUACAAGCUGACCAAAAGAUGGAAGUUUCUUUUAUUUAUACUGUUACAGUAAUGUAAAAAUAUGUGACAGUUUUUCCCCAAGUGUAACUUCAUUUGUAUUGCCUGUAUGUGGCAAUCACAGCAGCAUAAGCAUUUUGACUUGGUUGAAAAAAAUUAAGACAUGUUACAUGAUGCCUA